UACCUUUACUGAGACUUUUCCUGAUUAUUUUUUCCAAGGUAAAAUUCACAUAUUCACAGUAUGAAAAUCUUUGCUUUGGUACAAUGUGCUGCAGUUGUUCUGAACAUUCAUUUUGAAACUGAAAUAGAUUUCUUUUGAUCGGGAAAACCUUUUGUGAGAUGGUUAUUAUCCUCUACUAUUCUAGUAGAUUGAAACUACUACAUCACUGUAAGAUCUUGGCAUAACAAAGGCAAUUUUUAUUUUGAUAUACUUUCAUAAUCAUCAUAAUACAGAAUUGAGGAUCUCACAUUAUCUCAUACAGACAAAUUCUUGUAGACACAAACAUGCAAAUUUAUUCUUGUGCAAAAUAUGGAUCUAGCAGCAUGGAUGGAUUUCAAACUAAGAAAUGGCUGCUAUGAUUUGGUUGGUUGAAUGCAUAAUGAAAAGGAGGAAAGUCAUUCCAAUGAGCAAGAUCAAAGCUACUUGACAUGCCACAAGACAUAACACAUUAUGAUGUAUGUAUGCAUCUAAUAAUAGAUAGCUUUAAGGAAGAUUGGAUGAAUGUCGGUAAGCGUGCUGCUAAUAGCUAUCCUGUGGUAAAAGAAGCAUGAUGAUGUGAAUUCAUGGCAGUAAGGGAAGAGUGUUUGGAAAGUCACACAUUCCUUGCUCACUGAUUCACAUUCACACAACAAUUACAGACUUAAUUGUUCUAUCUUCAAUGUUGCAUAUACUUUUAAGAACUAACUAGCAUGGAUUUGAAGGAUGAAGUGGAUGAGCUUAGUUUUGAGCCAAUUCUGAUUGACAUCUCAUAGUUACAACCCUAGUGAAAGGAAAAGAAAAUCAUGCAUGGUAUUGGAGAAGAGAAAUGAACUGCAUUAUGGUAUAUCUGCUAACAAAUGACCUCUGCAACUCCAUUAGCAGGAAAGCAACAUAGCUUGGGCCAUGUCUAUGAAUUUACAGAUUCUUAAGCAUUCUUAUGCAAGUACAUGCUGCACAUGCUACUAGAUGAUAGGAUCGAUAUUUCGUUAUUAGAUAGCAUUAUUCCUAUGCUCUUAACUUUGCCCUGUUAGGAAAUGACUAGGUGACUGCAUCAUAAGGUCUUGUGUUGCUUUCUAGGGUAAUGCUCUUCUCGAUGGUUGAUUUCCCUCUUCAUGUAGUAUGUGCAUACAAAGAACUAUUACCAGAUAUAGUUAUGCAACAAACUGAAUUAAAAGUGUAGAGCUUCAAAUCUUUCGAAGCCUAAUAUACAAACCUUGAAGUUUUGCUUGAGUCCUGCUUAGAGUAUAUCUGCAUGGAUAAUGUAGUCUUCGGUGCUUGGAUUCUUUCUGCUACAUAAGAAUGUGAUAGGGAAAUAUAUGACACGCAUGCUGCAAGUUAUCUAAGAUGUUAUCUUGGAUAACCGAAAAUUUCUCAUCAUAAGCACUACUCAAUUGCUCUAUUGUGGCAAUGGCAGUCAUGGGAGAUCAUAAGCAGGAUUUUUAGAUAUGAUGAUGAACUGCACACGAGUUCAUAAUUAUAGUGUAUCAGAUAAUUAGAGCAGAUGAUUAGACAAAAAGAGAGGGGAAGUAGGCCUCUUUCCCUUGUAAUCAACCUUGCCUGCUAUAUUGGUAUAUACUUCAUGCUGAAUCCAAGAGAGGGUAGAUAGAUUACUCUGAGUUGUAGUUGUGGAGCUCAAUGAUCUUGAGAGAAAGAACUAGGUCAGUGCAACUUGGAAAGGGAAGGAAGGAAGUCAUGAUGCAGACAUGGUGCAUGUCAGAGGACAUUGUAGCUUUACAAGGCUUGCAGUUGAAGCAGUCUACACCAUGCUGAACUCCAUGGAAUGAUAAAUUAUGGCCUUUCCCUACUAUAUAAUGCACAGACUUGCAACUGGCAGAUCUGUGAGAGGCAAUGACUACUUCUUUUCACCUCCUUUGGGGCCUCUUCCUCUGUCAUUGGCUUUAUUGCAGUCACUGCUUGCCCACAGGCCAUGUGCACAUAGUCUACCUGGGCCACAGCCAUGGCCAAGAUCCUCUCCUCACCACCAAGCUCCAUGUCAAACUUCUCUCCAGUGUCUUCUCCAGGCAAGAAGAAGCAGAGGAAGCCAUGGUGUACAGCUACAGGCAUGGCUUCUCUGGUUUUGCAGCGAUGCUCAACUCAACACAAGCCUCCACCUUGGCGAGUUUCCAAGGGGUGAUAUCUGUGUUCAGGAGCAAGUUACUGCAGCUGCACACGACGAGGAGCUGGGAUUUCAUGGGUCUCAGCUUGAACACUCAGCAAAGGAUUCCAUUGCAGUUGGAUUACGGCGAUGACAUCGUAGUUGGCAUCUUCGAUACUGGUAUCUCCAUAUGGCCUGAAUCCGAAUCCUUCAAGGAGGAGCCCGGAAUGCCGCCGGUGCCGCAGUCAUGGCGCGGCACCUGCGUAAAGGGCGACAAAUUUGAACCGAAGAAGGCAUGCAAUCGUAAGCUUGUCGGUGCCAGAUACUACCUCAAUGGCUUCGAGCGUGAGUUCGGGCCGCUGGAUACAAGUGGGGACGGCGAGUACCGGUCGCCGCGAGACCGUAUCGGGCACGGGACGCACACGGCGUCCACAGCCGCCGGCUCCACUGCCGCGAACGCCAGCUACUUCGGCCUGGGCCUCGGCGCUGCACGGGGCGGCGCACCCCGGGCACGGCUUGCAGUGUACAAGGUGUGCUGGUUCAAGGACUUUGACGGCAAGUGCACCGAGGCGGACGUGUUGGCAGCCUUCGACGACGCUCUGUGCGACGGAGUUAGUGUGAUCUCAGCAUCGCUGGGUUCUUCGCCGCCAUUGAUGCGAUUCUUUCGGACGAGCACAGACAUCGGGUCGUUCCACGCAGCGCAGGUGGGAGUCACGGUGGUCUUCUCCGCCGGGAACGAUGGCCCGGAGCCAUCACUCGUGCAGAAUGUGUCGCCAUGGAGCAUCUGCGUCGCCGCUGGGACCAUGGAUCGAACGUUUCCAACACAGAUCCUUCUGGGGAACAACCUCUCCUUCAUGGGUGAAGGCUUUGUCAGAAAGGAAAUGAAGAUGAAGUUAGUCGACAGUAUCAAAUUCUUUGAUGAUGGAUCAUGUUCCUUUGACAAAUGGAACCACAAGCUUGCCACAGGGAAGAUUGUUCUUUGCUUCUCCUCAAUAGGGCAGGUGUCCAGCACAACCGCAGCCCUAUCGGUCUUGACAGCCAAUGGAUCUGGCAUCAUCUUUGCCCAGACCACAACGGAGCAAGCAGCUACAGAUGACUACCUUCCAUCUGUUCAAGUUGAUCUCAGUCAAGCUACACAAAUCCUCUACUACAUACAGUCAUCCAAGGAUCCCACAGUACGUGUUCUUCCCAGCAGAACAAGUAUCGGCUGCUCACCGGCUCCUUCUGUUGCAUACUUCUCAUCGAGAGGACCAAAUUCUGCCACUCCAAACAUCCUCAAGCCUGACAUCACUGCUCCUGGGGUGAAUGUACUAGCGGCGUGGUCUCCGAAAUCUUCACCCACUCUGCUGCCAUUCGAUGAGCGAUCUGUGAAGUGGAACUUCAACUCCGGGACUUCCAUGUCGUGCCCCCACGUCUCAGGCAUUGCAGCCCUCAUCAAGUCGGUUCACCCCACCUGGUCCCCUGCAAUGAUCAAGUCCGCUUUGAUGACCACAGCUUAUGCGAGGGAUACGAGCUCAGAUAGUAUAUUAGCAGGAGGAACUCUGAAGCCGACGGAUGCCUUCGACAUGGGCGCGGGGCACGUAGAUCCCCUGAGGGCAUUGGAUCCAGGGCUGGUGUACGACAUGGGAGCUCGAGACUACGUCGUCUUCCUCUGCAGCUUAGGGUACACGCAGGCGCAGAUAAAAUCCAUGCUCCUCCCGUCGCCCGGCGUCGACACCAGCUGCGGCGGCGACGAGUCGGAUCUCGACCUGAACUACCCGGCCAUCACGGUGUCGGAUCUCAGCUGCUCCACGACGAUACGUCGAACGCUUCGCAACGUGGGUAGGAUUAAGAACGCAGUCUACUUCGCGAGCGUCAGGAGUCCUCAGGGAGUGCAUGCCGUGGUGUGGCCGAGGCUCCUGCUGUUCUCGAGGAGGAAGGAGAGGAUUACGUACUACGUGACGAUGAUCCCUUUGAAGAGGUCGCAGGGGCGAUAUGACUUCGGGGAGAUUGUGUGGUGUGACGGCCAUCAUCGCGUGAGGACUCCAUUGAUUGUGCAUGUCAAUACUACGAAGGAUGGAGGGAGCAGCAGCAGCAGCAGCAGCUCCUCAUUGGGAGGUCUCCAAGUUGCAUGACUGGAGCAGCAGCAGCAGCAGCAGCAGCUUUUUAUCUUCUUCUUGCUAUCAUCUUGAGAUUGUGGUAGGAUUUCCAGGAACUUUGACUGCUAGCUUGUUGGAGUAGUUCUUAGUUGUGAUGAAGGAGCUCAG